CCCGCGGCUCUCGCGAGGGGUCGAGGUCAAAGGGAGCCGAAAAUGGCGCCGAGCGGGCCUGGCAACCUUAUCAACCUGGUAUGCUGGGCUUUGGCCCUGCUCCUCGCUCUGGGCGUGGAAAGGGCGCUGGCGCUUCCCGAGGUAUGCACCCAGUGUCCCGGAAGUGUACAGAAUUUGUCGCAAGUGGCCCUUUAUUGUAAGGAAUCAUCGACCCUAAUGGUGCAAGCUCGCUGCUGCACGAAUCAGAAGGGCACCAUCUUGGGGCUGGAUCUGCAGAACUGUUCUCUGAAGGAUCCUGGUCCAAACUUUCCUCAGGCAUAUACCGCUGUUAUCAUAGACCUUCAGACAAACCCCCUCAAGGAUGACUUGGGCGAUACCUUCCAUGGCUUUACACAUCUUGAGACUCUGGUACUGCCACAAACUGUCACCUGUCCUGGAGGUAAUAAUUCCUGGGAGAAUGUGACCUAUCAUAUGAACAACAAAAUCUGCAAAUGGCAGAAGAACCUUUGCAAUAGCACGGGGGAACCAGAAAUGUGUCCUGAAAAUGGAUCUUGUCUACCUGAUGGACCUGGUCUCUCGAAGUGUAUUUGUACCGAUGGCUUCCAUGGAUACAAGUGUAUGCGCCAGGGCUCCUUCUCACUGCUUAUGUUCUUCGGGAUUCUGGGCUCCACCACGUUAUCCAUUUCCUUCCUGCUCUGGGCAACUCAACGCCGAAAAGCCAAGACUUCGUGAACGAAAUAAGGCUUCCUACCGAUCUACGAUCAUCCUGAUCACUCUUAGCCCAGGCAGGGAGAUUGCCUUCCCUGACAAGCAUCAUUGGGCAGAGGCACCUCCUCACGGCAGAGGCUGCUUUGGAAGGAAGAUGGAAAAUUGUACCACCUUGCAGUGUUGUGGACACUCAAGGUCACAAGCGAACCUGGACAGUUCUCAUUUGUGCUGUUGAUUACAAUAAACACUCGGUUUUUUCUCCUU